AUGGAACGGCAUGGACGGGCUGAAGCCUUCAGGCUGCUGCUGCUGGUCAGCUGGCUGCUGUUGGGUCCGGGUCUGGCUCAGGUCAGACACCCCCUCCCUGUGCUGUGGAUAAUGCCGUUCAGCCCAGGGUCUGGGAGGGAAAACCUGACUGCUGCCGUGGCCCCUGCCAUCAGACUGGCUCUUCAGGAUCUGCAGAGACAACCGCAACCCCUCGGAAACUAUGAAGUCCAGUUCCAGCUUCUGGACUCACAGGUAAGUUUCAGACUCCUGUACAAAGAGUGUCUAUCAGAUCCUGUUUCUGGUCCUGCAUAGAGAGGGUGAUGGGGGAGUCACUGAAUACUGUGGACACCAAAACCAAACACGAUGUUCCUCCUCUUGAACAGUUGGAUUAGACUUUCUUAAGUUCAACCUGAACCAUUAAAGAGGGGACCAGACAGAACCAGGAUCCCAGGGUACAGUUUAAGACUGCCCUGUGGUCUGAUCCAUCAAAAUUGGACCAUUUUUUGGAAACAUGGAGGUCUUGCCUUCUGCUCUGAAGAAGGUUGGUCCGCCCAGCUCGUUAUCAGGGUCUCCAGUUAUGUUGACCAGUAUCUUCAGGUUUUUGAACAUGUGUUUAAAUCAAUAAAUGACCUUAUUUGGAAAUCCUGGGUGGUGCUCCAAAGAGGAGAGGGACCACAGCUGUGUGGUGAUCGUGGCUGAGGCUUAGUGGGAGAGUAGGUCAGGGUUCAAUGCCAAGUCCUGAUGCCCACAUGCCGUGUCUUUGGGUGACACACUAAACCCCAACCUGCACCUGCUGACUGAUGGGUACUUCACACUCCAGCCUCUGUCAUCAGUGUGUAUGUGUUCAUGGGUGUGUGUGUUCAUGGGUGUGUGUGUUCAUGGGUAAUAAUAAUAAUACAUUUUAUUUAUAAGCGCCUUUCUGGACACUUGAGGACACUUUACAGAGUAAAAACAACAGGAUAAAAGAGAGUUAAUUUUUCCGGAUGUCAGGAGGUGUCCCCAUGGUCCUGAAGCGGGCAGGGGGCAUGGUGAGGUGGAUGGAGGUGGAAGAUCUGAGGGAGCAGGAGGAGGUGGCUACGUGGAGGAGAGGGGGGUUGUGUGUGUGUGAGUGUGUGUGUGUGUGUGUGUGUGUGUGUGUGUGUGUGUGUGUGUGUGUGUGUGUGUGUGUGUGUGUGUGUGUGUGUGUGUGUGUGUGUGUGUGUGUGUGUGUGUGUGUGUGCCCCCUUACAGAUUACCUCUAUUUUUUGCACAUUUUCCAGACUUAAAAGUUCCAGAUCAUCAAACAAAUUCUAAUAUCAAACAAAGAUAACCCCAAGUAAAUACAAAAUGCGGUUUUUAAAUGAUUAUUUGAUUUAUUAAGGGAAAAUGCCAUCCAAAUCAACCUGGCCCUGUGUGAAAAAGUAAUUCACCCCCUUGUCAAAUUGUGAGUGAACUGUGAUUAACUACAUUUUUUGGAAAGCUGAGUUCAAUUUCACUAGCCACACCCACACCCAGUUACUACCAGACUUGUAAAAUCAAGAAAUCACUUAAAUAGAACCUGUCUGACAACAUGAAGAUGGCUAAAAGAUCUCAAAAAGCAACACCAUGCCGGGAUCUAAGGAAAUCAGUGAGCAGAAAGACAGUAAUUGACAUCCAUCAGUCUGGAAAGGGUUACAAAGUCAUUUCUAGGGCUCUGGGACUCCAACGAACCACUGUGAGAGCCAUUAUACACAAAUAGAGAAAGCAUGGAACAGUGGUAUACCUUCCCAGGAGUGGGCAGCCAACCAAAAUUGCUUCAAGAGCCCAUCGACAACUCAUCCAGGAGGUCACAAAAGAUCCUAGAAUAACAUCUAAAGAACUGCAGGCCUCACUUGCCUCAGUUAAGGUCAGUGUUUAUGAUUCGACCAUAAGAAAGAGACUGGGCAAAAGUGGCAUCCAUGGCAGAGUUCCAAGGUGAAAACCACUGCUGUCCAAAAAGAACAUAAAGGCUCGUCUCACAUUUUCCAAAAAACACUUGGACGGUCCCCAAGACUUUUGGGAAAAUAUUCUGUGGACUGAUGAGACAAAAGUGGAACUUUUUGGUAGGUGUGUGUCUCGUUACAUCUGGAGAAAAACUAACAAAGCAUUUGAUAAAAAGAACAUCAUGCCAGCAGUCAAACAUGGUGGUGGUAGUGUGAUGGUCUGGGGCUGCUUUGCUGCUUCGGGGCCUGGACGACUUGCAAUAAUCGAUGGAACCAUGAAUUCUGCUCUCUAUCAAAGAAUCCUGAAGGAGAAUGUCCGGCCAUCAGUUUGUGACCUUAAGCUCAAGGGCACUUGGGUUAUGCAGCAGGACAAUGAUCCGAAGCACACCAGCAAGAAGCACACCUAAGAAUGGCUCAAAAAAAAACAAAAUUAAGGUCAAAGUCCGGACCUGAAUCCGAUCGAGAUGCUGUGGCAUGAUCUUAAGCGGGCUGUUCAUGCUCGAAAACCUUCCAAUGUGGCUGAAUUAAGACAGUUCUGCAAAGAAGAGUGGGCCAAAAUUCCUCUCCAGCGAUGUAAAAGACUCAUUGCUAGUUAUCGCGAAUGCUUGAUUGCAGUUAUUGCAGCAAAGGGUGGCACAACAAAUUAUUAAGUUAAGGGGGCAAUUACUUUUUCACAUUGGUGAUUUUGGUUUUCAAUAAUUCUUUACUUUCAAUAAAUGAAAUGAUCAUUUAAUAACUGUGUUUUUUGUCCACUCAUUGUCUUUCUCUUUAAUUUAAUUUUAUUGGAUGAUCUGAAACAUGUAAGUGUGACAAAAAAGCAAAAACAGAAGAAAUCCAGUAGGGGGACUUUUUCACAGCACUGUAUACAGGAGGAUUCUCUACCAUGUUGAAGUUUCUGGAGAGAUUUGUGAGGAAGGCCAAAGAGAAGAGAGUAAUAAUAAACAACAAGGGUGGUGACAAGGCUGUGGACGAGAACUGAGGUGGUAUGAGGGAUGAGGCAGACAACUGAUGUUGGGAAGAUGGAAAUAUGUAGACUGGAUAAUAUCACUGAUGUGGGCUUGAAAUGAGAGUGAGCUGUCAAGGAUGACACCCAGACUCUUGACCUGUGGGGAGGGGGAAACUGAGGUGUUGUCAAUAGUAAGGAAGAGACUGUCGGCUUUGGAUAAGGUGGAUCUGGUGCCAUUGAGGAAGACUUCUGUUUUAUCACUAUUUAAUUCAAGGAAGUUUGAGGUGAACCAGGAUUUAAUUUCAGAUAGGCACUUGGUGAGGGAGGGGGGUGGAAGUGAGGAGUAGGGUUUGCUGUAGAGGUAGAGCUGGGUUUCAUCCGCAAAGCAAUGAAAGUGGAUGUUAUACUUACGGAAAAAAAUUAACAAGGGGAAGGAGGUAGAUGAUGAAAAGGAGGGCCCCCAGGACAAAGCCCUGGGGCACACCUGAGAUGACGGGGGAAAGCUGAGAUGUGAAGGAUUUGAGAUGGAUGAACUGAGUGUGGGUGAGUGUGUUCAUGGGUGUGACCUCUCAGACCGUCACGUCUCUCAGUAUUUCCUUCAUUUUUUUUCAGUGUGAUCCCGCGAAAUCCCUCAAAGCUCUAUUUGACGCUUUGUGGGCGGGGCCAAAGUUUCUCCUGGUGUUUGGAGGGGUGUGUCCGUCUGUGACGACACUUAUCGCUCGCUCUCUUCCGGCUCUCAACCUGGUGCAGGUAAACACACAUCCACUGCAGGCUUAUCAUUGUGUUCAAGGUUCAGGUCCUAAGGUGUUUCCUGUCCUGUGGUGUCCCAGGUGUCUUUUGCGCCCUCGCCCCCAAGUCUGUCCAACAGGAAGUGGUACGGGAACCUGUUCAGUACCAUGCCAUCAGACCGAGCCCUGAACCAGGCCACGGUGAAGCUGCUGCAGCGCUUCAGGUGGAGCAGAGUGGGUGUGAUCACACAGGAGGGACCCCGACUCUCAGAGGUCUCAGCAGCUCCACCUUCAGGCCAAACCCUCAGCUUUCACUCGAACCCUCUGGGUUCCAGCUCCAUCCUGCUCCUGUUGUCUUUGUUGAGCAUCAUGUCUGUUUCUGUGUCCACAGAUGAAGAAGGACCUGAUGAGGCAGCUGCUGAAGGCCGAGGUCAACGUCCUCUUCUCAGAGAGUCCCUCUGCAGAUGUCUGCAGCAGCUUGAGGAGGCUGAAGGUACCGCAGAGUUCCCUCUGACUCACAUGAAGCCGAUCAAUCAGAUCAAUCAGAUCAUUGAUGUGACCUCUGACCUAAAGAUAGAUUCAGGGUUAAAGUAAAGACCUUCAUUUCUGCAGGAGACAGACGUCCGGAUCAUCAUUGGACAGUUUGAAGAGGACUCUGUCUCCGAGGUCUUCUGCUGUGUAAGUUUACCCUGUUAUUUUGAGGAUACUGGUUUGAGUGCACCUUGGACUUAGAAACCGGUUUGGAGACCAGGUUCUGGAGUUUGGAAAGUGAAGUAUAGUCCCAUUCUGGGCUGAUAAAGGAUUUCAGACAGGUGGUCCCUGUCCUCCACAUAAAGAAGGAUGUCCCAAUAACAUUUAAAGGGAUAUUCCAGUGUAAAAUUAAUUUAGGGUCAAACACACUGUAACACUGAAUUUUGCCGACUGCUUACUUCUCUAGUUAUACCAACUUUAGUAACGACCGCAGGAUAGCGAUACACAGCAGUCGGGUGAGGAUGCCAGUGAAGCUAACACUACACUGACAUCCUCCAGUUCAACUUCAUAUCGACUCAGGCACUACAUGGUCUGAACAAAUGACAGACUGAAAAGUUUACGAAGUGAAAUUAAACAAUAACUUUUCCAUUUACUUCUUUGCUCGUCUUCUCGCCAUCGUCUUCCGGUGUUUUUCGAUUGUAAAACACCGGUGCAUCAUCAUGAUUGGUCCCUGGCAGCUCACUUCCAGUUUGUUUGGUUUAAACUUUUUUUCUUUUUUUUUGAACCGCUACUUUUUUGUGUGUCGUUCACUUCCGUUGUGCCUUUUUUUUAAUCUGCACCGUUUCUUUUUUUUUUUGCAUCAGUAACUUCCAUUGUGACUUCUCUUUUUUUCUGCAUUCUUUUUUAUUUGCAGCAGUGGCUGUUCUCAGCCACCGUACUUGUUAGAGGUCUUCAAACACCUAAACCUUCCUGUGAAUAAGAACAAAGCUCUGCUGAGUUUAGACCUGAUUUUACAUGAAAUGUUCUUUUAUUUGGAUUAUGAAUCAGAGUAGAGUCCACUUACUGUUCAGAAGUCCAGGACCUGGACCUUCAAGAACAUGUGUCUCCCUCUCAGGCUUACAGACUGAACCUGUUUGGACCACGGUAUCAGUGGGUGGUGAUGGACGGGGGCACAGUGGGGUGGAGACUGGGCUGGCAGGUUUCUGGAUGUAUGGUGGACAGUCUGCUGAUGGCCGCAGACGGCACCAUCAGGCUGCAGAUGAGAGGUCUGGGCAGCUCCAACACCGCCGGGAUCUCUGGACAGGUCAGAACCUUCAGACACACGUCAGCUCAGUUCUGUCUGUUCUUGUGGUCCAGGUCUUAAUCAGACCUCCUGCUGUGUCUUCAUAGACCCCUCAGGAAUACCAGGACUCUUACCUUAGGGAGCUGGCUCAGGAGGGGUCAAAGGUCAGCUCCCUCCACAGCUUCGCCUAUGAUGCGAUGUGGGUGUUGGCUAAAGCGCUGAGUCAGGUGAUGGAGGCGGUGAAGAACAAAGAGAGAUACAGCCCACAGAGGAACAUCAGCGUUAGUCCAGAGGAGGUCCACAAAAUGCUGCUGGAGGCUGUGAGGAGCACUCAGUUUGAAGGAGUCACUGUGAGAAACACACGCACACACACACACACACACACACACACACACACACACACACACACACACUAGGGAUGUGCAUCUCCAUUACUGUGGCGAUUAGAUACCCAUCUCGAUGCACUGCCAACGAUACUAUAUAAUUUGCGAUACAUUGAAUCCCUGCCAAUGCGAUACUCCGCGAUUCACCCCUGUCCUCGAUACGAUACGAUUCACCUUCCAUCCCAAUUCGAUACGAUAUGAUUCACCCCUCAUCCCAAUACAUUAAUUUUAUCUCACUUAUACUUUUGUAUGUACAUAUUUACAACUUGUGUUUACAUUUUCUGCAUUCAAAUUUUUACAUUGAGCAAGUUUGACUUUUGAAUAGUGAAGAAAUUAAUACAUUUUUCAAAUCCGAUUUUGGUUUUUUGAGUGUUUUGUGACUUUCUCGUUCUCACCCAUGUUGCUGUUUGCCUCCUGCACUCCGGUAGCAGCGAUUUUCAUGACAUCGAUACCAUGUUCUUUCAAGUGAGUGGCCAUAUUUGUCGUGCUGCCAUUGUGAGGUUUAGAGGCACGGCAUUCUUUACAAAUAACGUGCGUCUUGUCAAGUUUACCAUCUCUCUUGUAAAAUCCAAAAUACUUCCAAACGUUGGAUUUGAACAUUUGCGGAGCAUUAAAAAUCUCUUCUUCUGCAGCGUUGCUGCUUCCCUCCGCCAUGAUUACUGAAGAGUGUGCGCGCGCACGGCUUCCGUCCGUCUUCAAAACAAAUCACGAAAUGGUGAUGGUGCAUUCAAGAUGCCUCGGAAACAUGAUAGAAUGCAGUACAACAUGGUGCAACUGAUGCAACUGUGAAGAUUACCGAUACAGACACGCAGUGAACGAAGCAUCACGAAUUUCAGCCGUCAUUGUACCGAUACACACUGAAUAAAUCGAUGCACUCGCAUCCCUCACGACCACGAUCCAUAUCGAUUAAUCUCCACAUCCCUAACACACACACACACACACACACACACACACACACACACACACACACACACAAAAAGCCUACAUUAAACUGAAAAUGUCCUCAGCUCUUCUUUCACCAACCCUCUGUAGACCUUUGUGAACCCAGCAGACCAGGUUCUGGAGUCUGACAGUCAAAUCUUCUCCCUGAUAGAGGAUUUCAGUAGCUCCACAGUUCAGGGUCUCCUUGGUCUUGUGUUUGUGGUCCUGAUUCCUCAUUGUAAGUUUUUGUAUCUGAAAGUCUCAAUGAAUCCUUCAGGGUCCAGUUUUCUACAGAAACGGGGAAAGAAUGACGUCCAUCGAGCUGAUCCAGCUUCAAGGUGCUUCAAACUUCUUUAACUGCAGUCUAGACGCUCAUGUGUUGAUAUGUUUCUGUGUUCAUGAAGGCCUUGUGUGUGCGUGUGCGUGUGUGCGUGUGUGUGUGUGUGUGCGUGCGUGUGUGCGUGCGUGCGUGCGUGUGUGUGUGUCUCAGGCAGCAGUGGUGUGUCUGUCGGAGAGUUCAGCACGUCCACUCAGCAGCUGCGAAUCAUGAACAACUUGCUGAAGUUCAAAGGUAAAACCGUGAACUCCCCCCCGACACACACACACAUUAUAGACCUGCCCUAGAAUGGAUUUAGGGCAGGUUUAUCUUUCUCUCUGCAGGUCCAGCACCAGUCAGAGACCGGACUCUGGUCCUGGAUCAGUGGCAGCACGUCAGCCUCCUCCUGUACAGCAUCAUCUCGUCGGCUGCAGCGGUGGCCAUCGUCAUCACGGCGACCGUCCUCUGCUUCACCUGCUGCAGCCAGAAGCUCAGGUACAGCUGCUGCAGAUCCACCUCAGGGUCUCAGGGUUGAUCUUUGAACUGGACCUGUUUUGACACACUACUUUGGGGAGAAGAUCAAAACCGUUUAUAAUCCUUCAGACUCCAGGUGCCAGGUGACAUGCUAAAGAAAAUGACGGCAGCUGCUGCUGAUGUCCUCACUCUGCAGGCUGCUGAGGUGGAGCGGUGGAUCCCGGGACGAGCUGCUGCUGCUGGGCAUCCUGCUCUCCUCCUCUUCGGUCCUGGUCUCUGGUUUGGAUGAGGCUCUGCUGUCUGACCAGGUCUACCAGAUCCUCUGCUCUGUGAGUGCAGAAAGCUGCAUCAAAAGAUAAAAACACUAACCAAAUAAACUCAUGAGGACUUCACAAGUGCAGUUUGAAGAUACUCAUCCAAUCAUGUUGUCUGCAUUUGGUUCUGCAGGCCCAUCUGUGGACUCUCUGCAUUGGACACUCUGUGGGUUUUGCUGCACUGUUCACCCGAACAUGGCGGGUUUUUUCCCUCUACAGGACUAAGCGGACGGUAAACAGGACCAGAAGAGUCUCUUUUACACUUAAAAAGUCGGUUUUCACUUUAAAAUAACGUUUGUCUCAAUGUUUCCGCAGCCGACCCGUCUGCAGCAGACUGGUUUGGUGGUGCUCUGGCUGGUUCUGCUGGAUACGUUCGUUUUGGUCUCCUGGCAAAUCCUGGACCCCCUCAAAAAGGUGGUGCUGCAGCAGAGUUUACAGGUAACAAGAAGCAACAGUGUUUCAGAAUGAGGCCUGGUUAAACACAGUUCCACAAGUGUCCACUAGGGGCUGGCUCCAUUAGAUCUCAUGUUAAAAUUGUCACUUUGAGCCGACUUAAAGGUGGGGUAGUCAGGAUCUGAGGAACUCUCAGUUUUUGGUGAGAAAUCUUGAAUGUAAACCCUAAACCCUCAACCAGUUUUCCCCUCAGCUCCUCCUCUCCCCUCCCUUUCUGCUACGGCAAGCUCCGCCCACAAACAGACGCUCCUGCUCGCUCGGAUCGUUCCAAUUCAAUUCAGAUAUAAUGCAGAUAAAUACUUCAGAUUGUUACAAAUGGGGCCCAGUACUUUCUGGUUGGUUUCUACAGUCCGAUAUUGUGGCACGCUAACUUUGUUUGGGCUCGUGAACAACACAGGGGAGCAGCGUUCGCUUCACAACCAAUCAGGUCGGGGAGGCGGAGAGCGGCUUUGUUUACAGUCAGAAAGAGCGGGCCACUCAAAAAUGUUAAAAUGUUGACUACACAGACAUAAGAGAACACAGAGAUAUAGUUAUAUUUCCAAAUGUCAUCAAUAACUAACAACUAUUGACUGAUAUUAAAAGAUUUUUUGUACAUAUACCAAAAAAAAAAAGAUGCUUUUUUAACAGAUUCCUGCCUACCCCACCUUUAAUUGACCCAUAACAAACAUCUAUAUUUGUGCAGCUCAUGUAUUCAUUCAUACAUAAAACUGUAAAGGGGAGGUUAUACUUUUAUAGGACAUCAGAUUUGAUCAAAUUGCAGGACAGCAGACAGUCUGCUUGGCUUGACCCAGGAAAUACCUGAACAAGAAUACAGGUACAAACACCAGGAUGAGGGAUCUCAGCAGACAGGUGCUGCCUUUGUUGCUGUUUGUAAACAGAAAGUGAGAGUUUUUUUAUAUAAUUAAAGCUGCAAAGGAAGCCGAUGGAGUGCGAUAGGGCAGCAGAGGGACCUGUGCUCUUCUGGGUUAGGGUUGAACAGAAGAAGAGCUGUUGCAUGUUGGAUCAUCUGCAGAAUUGUGAGCAUUGAGAAGGGCUAUCAGUCAGGAGCUACCCUAAUCAGCGUGAGAUAUUAAAAGAGCCUGAUAAGCAGGGGACCGAGCACUGAUCCUUGAGGGACCCCUGAUGAUGGGCAAUUUGGUCUGAACCCUUUUCCUCUUCAUGAGACUCAAAUAGAUCCCCCUUUGAGGUGGGACAAGAACCACUGGAGGGCAGAUCCAGAGAUACCCAGGUCAGUGAGUGUGGAGUAAGACCCCAAAGGACAAUGAUAAGUUCAGGGUUGAGUAUGGUCAGAAUGAUAAGCACUGGGUUUGAUGGGACUGGGUCCAGUGGACAGAUCGUCGGUCUUUGGUCAAGCAGAAGACUGGAGACUUCGUCUUUGCUCAAUGGAGUGAAUGAACUCAGUAAGGCACCAGGAGUCGGAGUCUGUGGGCUGAGCUGGUCAGGCCCUGAAACUCAGGUACUGAUGGUAGAACUGUUAUCAGUAAAAGUCAACAUGGUGGAGGGACCAGGAGCAGGACCAGAAACCGUUUCCACGAAUCUGUGUCCGCUCUGAUUAAAGGCUGUUUCUGUUGAUUUUCAUCCCUCUGUCUGAAGUCCUGAGCCGGUAUUUCCUCUCUGGGACUGGGAGGGGGUCUGUGGGCCAACUGUGACACCAGAGGGCAGAGUCUCCUCAGAGAGGAGGUGAGAGGAGAGCAGAGUUAAAGAGGAGUCAGAGCAGCAGCUUCACUCAGACCUCCUGUGGGGUUUCUAUCACACAGGCAGACCUUCAGGGUGGUACCGAGGAGCUUUCUGGAGUUUUAGUGCGUUUGUGAAAAGAGGGCUUUAAAUCCAGGACUGCUGUUCUCGCCGUUAUCUGAUCUCUGAUCUGUUUUUCCUCUUUUUGAGUUUGACUACUUGUUGUUUUUCCUUCCUCUCUGCUCUUUGUAAACUCAUUUUUUUGUUGUUAUUAUUUGAUCCAAACUCUCCUCUGUUUCUUUUUCUGUCAGAGUGAUUCUUCUGAUCAAGACGUCCUCGUCCGGCUCUUCUCUGAGCGCUGCAGCAGCAUCAACACUGACCUGUGGCUCACUGCUGUCUAUGGUUACAAAGGCCCCCUGCUGGUUAGUAUGGGAACUACAAACUCUGAACAAAGCUCAGCAUCCAAUCAAUCAGUUUUUCUGCUCUUUGUUGUCAAAUGUGGAGACAAAGCCUUCAUCAGCUCUGAGACAUGAAUAUAUUAAACUUCUAGGAGGUCAUGAAAACAAGAAUAGCUUAGAAACAAUCAGGAAGCAGAAAUCUCAACAACAGGAACAAGUUCAAUACACUUGUUUCUGUCUGUAAUUCGAACCCUAGACAGAGGGAGAUGAUUAGAGUCCAACGUUUGUGUUUAGGGUCUGGGCUGUUUCGUGGCGUGGAGCAUCAGAUCUUCACAGGUGGAUCAUCCUGCCAUCAACAGCAAGCAGCUGUCUCUGAGUGUGUUCGCUGUGACCGUGUUCAGCGUGUCCGGAGUGUCGGGAUCUAUGCUGACGUCCCACAAUCCACCUGUUCACUUCUGUGUGAUCAACAGCCUCGUCCUCUGCUGCAACAUCUUCACGCUGAGCUGCAUGUUCGGACCGAAGGUCAGCAAAACAGACGUGCAGAUGUGACAGCAAAAAGACCAGCUCUAUGUAAGAUUCAUUUCUGUCUCUCUGCAGUUUGUGUACGUGUUUCACCACAGCGGUGAGCUGCAGCAGCCGUCAGAGCUUCAGACUGUAGAGAAGGAAGAAGAAGAGCAGCUGAGGAGGUUCAACCGGCAACUGAAGGGUCAGACACAGUUGGUGAGGACACAGAAACCUCACCUGACACACCUGAGAGAAGCAACGUUAAUAACCUCCAAACAACCAAACAGGUCAAAAGUUCUGAUAGAGGAACAACCAAACAGGUCCAAAGUUGUAAUGCUUAACAAACAUCUGGAGGAACAUCUCCAACUAAUGAGGUGUAUGUCCAACAGUUUAGUCACAUGACUGGGUCGAAAAAGGACCAAAACCAAGACUGGAUGGUCCUGAUGGUCCUCAGGCAAAACGUCCCAAGUUAGUCCAGUUGUACUUUUAACAAAGAAUUGGAAAUCAUAGAUGUCGCAUCCUCUAAUGAGGUUUAGACUAAAUCAUGGCAGAGGAGACCAGAUAGAACCAGGAUCCAGAAAAGAUGCUUCAUCCAGAGUAUUGGUGAAAAACCAUGUUUGUUGUGUUUUUCUGCAGCUGGAUGUAGAAAUAGAAACCAUCACCAUGCAGCUCGGUGAGGAUGAGUCAGCUGAUUCGGACCUGAAGUGUCAAAACACGACAACAAGAGGGAGAAACAACAAUGGUAAACACAAGCAGGAAGCUCUCCUCUUCAGGGUGUUUUUAGUGUAUUAAUGGACUCUACAAAGACCAGCAGGUCUGACUCUUAACUCUCAUGUUGUGAUAAAAGGAGUCCCCUUUACUCUCUUUCUUUAUCAGCUGUUUUCUGUUGGCAGGUGACGCCAGGUCCGUGGUGUCGGCUCUGAUCUGUUCUGAGGACGUAAACCCAGAGAAACCUCUGAGUCCAGACGACAUCAACUCUCCUGAACAGUGAGUCCAACACAGACACAGAGAGGGAGACAGAUUUACCCAGAAUUUCCACCGCAUCUGGAACGGCUCCAAUCUGGAACAGCGGCAAAUUUCACCGUCCGCCACUUCCUACCGGACCUGUUUGUGAGGCGAAUUUCGUGGCGAAUUACGGACAGCAGGAAUCCGCAAGAACGUACAAGAACCCGCGGAUCCACGUUCAAUCGCGCGAUAACGAGUUGUCUCUAUAAAGACAGACACAUAUAAGCAGUAGAUUGUGUCCUUCCAGAGGAAGAAAUCUACUUCUAGACUUCUAGAAUUAGCAUCUCCUCAUCCAUGGUGUCAUCGGGGUGAAAUGACGUCUGAAAACCUUUCACUUGUUCCUCUCUGCCCGUUUGCAUGAUGUGAAAUACAAUCCUCCUGAAUCACAGAGUUUUUUAUUUUGAAAAGAAGCAGGAUGUUUUAUUUUGUGUCUGUACUUCCUUUCCAGCACGGAUUAAUCUGUGCUGAGACUGUGCUCCACCGGACUGUGGAGUCUGACAAUCCGCAGUCGAACAGAAAGAAGCCAGUGGAAAUUGACACGUUAACUUGAAUGGUUACAAUCAGAUACGAUCGGCGGACACAGCCUUUUCAUAGCCAUUCUGGAUGCGGUGAAAAUUGGGGGUUAGUCUAUUUACAGCCAUGAAGGAAGGAAGCCAGUGAGCGCCUCCUGGUGGUUUCUCUCUGAACAGGGGUCGGCAACCUUAAACACUCAAAGAGCCACUUGGACCAGUUUCCCACAGAAAAGAAAACACAGGGAGCCACAAAACCUCUUUGACAUCUAAAAUAAAGAUAACAUUGCAUAUAUCUUUUUUUUUUUUUUACCUUUAUACAAAGUAUAUAAAAAACUGUAGCGAGUUGCAUUUAUGAAAUAAAUGAACUAUUUCGGCGAGUGUCUGUCUUCUUCUGUAGUUAAGCCGCAAGAUAUCAAAAUCUACCCGGAUACAGCAAUGCUGCUUUUUGAUUGGCUGUUCAGUAGAUAUACUUUAUUUGAUUGGCUUGUGCGUGGCACGCAGCUUCUGAACUCUCGGAGAAACUCAGCUGAUUUCCCCCAGUUCCAUAGUUGAAGAAGUGCAACUUGGUGGACAUCACCGUGUUCAUUUAAAUGCGUGAGAAGUACAAUGUGUGGUGUGUGAGCGUGUGAACGAGUGGGAAUGCGUGUGUCAUACGCUGAAUGCGUGAGACUUGAGAGCCCUGUGCUCACGCAUCAUCGAUGUACUCCCGAGCCAUGCAAAACGGUCUUUGCAAAUGUUGCACUGAACGCCUUCCUUUUCAGUCUUGGUGAAGUUUUCCCACACCACUGAUGUUUUAGGUCGGGAUUUGGGUUGGGUUGUGUCCAUGUUUUUCUCAGCCGCUGCCUCGGCCAUGGCUGUUUCUUUUCUGUGCGUCCUGCUGAUGUUUACAUGCCGGUGUCCAUGGACAUAUAUAAAGACCCGACAAAUCGAUUACAGAAUUUGAUGGCAACGGAUUUUUUCGUCACGACGAAUCUACUUAAUCGAUUCGUUGUUGCAGCCUUAAUAGUUUAUUUAAUGUUACAAGAGCAUUAUAAUCUUUGAAUUUAGAAUUACAAAAAAAAUAAUAAUAAUAAAAUAAAAUAAAAUGCAAUUAAGUAUUUAUUAUUUAUUUUCCAAAUCCAUUGGGAACCGCAGCUUAGGGAAGAAAGAGCCGCAUGCGGCUCCAGAGCCGCGGGUUGCCGACCCCUGUCUCUGAAGGUUGUGAAAACUCCAGCUGAGCUGAUUUGUUUGGUUCAUUAAACCCGUCUUGUGUGUUUUCUGUCAGCGUGGGGCGCCGUCUCUCCAUCCAGCUGCCCAUCCUCCAUCACUCCUACCUGCCCGUCAUCGGGGGCGUCAGCGCCAGCAGCUCCAGCCUGUUUGGCAGCCGGGAGGCCUUCGUCCACCACGACCUGCUGACCACAACCACAUCCUGA